ACAACCUGACAAAAGAGAGAGACCAGCUACAGACUAGAUGCAAAACCCUGAUUGAAGAGAGAGACCAGCUAAAAACUAGUUACAACAACCUGACAAAAGAGAGAGACGAGCUACAGACUAGAUGCAAACCCCUGAGUGAAGAGAGAGACCAGCUACAGACUAGUAACAACAACCUGACAAAAGAGAGAGACGGAAACUCCCAGAUGUUAUCAGUGAAAUGUCCAUAUGAAUGGAGAAAGUUUGGUAACAGCAGCUAUUUCAUUUCCACGACGAAAAAUAACUGGGAAAAUGCAAACCAGGACUGUCGGAAUAGAGGGACCAAGCUAGUCAUCAUAAACAACCAAGAGGAACAGAAAUUCCUCAUUUCAUUAAACAUAAAUACUUGGAUCGGUCUGUCUGACAUAGACACUGAGGGGACCUGGAGAUGGGUGGAUGGCACACCUCUGACUACAGCGUACUGGGGACCACAACAGCCUGAUAAUGGUGGUGACCCCAAAGUAGAGGAGGACUGUGCUGAGAUUGUGAAUUGGAAUAGAGAUCCUGUAAAGAUGUGGAAUGACCUGACUUGUAACACUGAACUUAAAUGGAUUUGUGAAGCAGUCAUAGAUUAACAAUACAUUGUUAUAUACGGUACAAUAAUAGGUCAGAAGACAUAAGAAUAAUGGAAUUACAGUUUUUAAUACCAAUACAAAUGAAUAAGUUUCUUCCUCUGUCACAUUAAGUGACAAUUCUAUGUUUCUGAAAACAAUAAUGAAUAGGAACUUGUCAUAUCCUCACAACUAGCCAUCAUGGGGUUUCACUUCUUAUUUUUUCAUCUUUAUUUACUAGAGUUUACAAUGGAUUUUAACACAAUGGAGAUGAUCAGAUUGGCCAUAUUUCUUAGCAUAUAAAUAUUUGUAUUCUUACUUUCAUCAUAUGACACAUAUGCUGAGCUGCAUCAGGCUUCAAACAGAGGUCAUGAAUACAGACUCGUAGAAAUCACUUUACCUAUCGCUUCUUUUUCACUGAAGUGUGAAACUUAAUUCGGAAGGAAACUCUGGCGGUCAUAUUGAUUUAAAGGGAAUUUCACCUACUUUUAAGAAAAACUUCUGAUCUCAGUAGAUUCAGUUUUCACACAGUGUAGUUUUCACCCGUCUCCCUUUACAGUAUCACACACACACAUUAUAUCUCAGUAUCUGUGGUCUAUAUGGAACUCUAGAUCUGUGUUCCAAACCACAGGACAAGAGAAAGCAUCACACAGACAUUCAGACUCAGGGACUGAGUCAAAGGGCGCCCUCCGGUGGACGUAGUGUUAAAUUCAAUGUUGAACUUGAUGGGAAAGUGUACGUAUCUCUACGCAAACAAGCCUCUGAUACUAACCAUCUCAUCUGUUACAAAUCUGUAUUAUUAAUUCCAUGACCCCUGAAGAAAAACAUUUUGUUCCCCAAUUUAUAAGAUAAAAUAUAUUUGUGUAACACAGAUUUCAACAAAGAGAACCUGAAGUUUUAAUCAUCGCAUCAGAGUUAUCCUGUAAUUUACAUGAUAAUGUUUACCGCUUUCCUCUUAGUAGUAGAGUGCGUUGUAAAUUGAUACAAAGAAAGCACAUUAAUUAAAGUAACAAUAUUUACAGAAGAAGUGAAAGGUUUGUCUGCUGUGUGACAGUGUGGGAGGGAUGGUUGCAGGUUAGUAGUUUCCUGUAUCUGAGCUCUUUAGUCUAGUGCAUCUCUUUCUG